UUAUUUCAAGGAGCAACAUCGUAGAAUAAAUUUCAUGUAAAUUCUUAUAUUAGUUGGAAUACAUUUGGAGGCAUAGUCCAUUUAGUCAUGGACAAGGACAGGAAUAAAACGAAUGCCAAUAAGAAUGUAUCGUGUUCUGCUGCACGAUGCAAGAAACCAGAUACCUGCGUCCAUUUGCGCAGCCUUCGCCAGCAGCAAAUUAAAGCGGGCACCUCCACUCAAGUACUCUAUCGUGGGCCCAAUUUUCAGGCACAGCGCAGCGAUGAGGAUAUCUUUUUCGAUUGUCUUAGUAUUGGCGACACUGAUUUUCCCCGGGAGGGUCACAGCUGCAAAAUGUUCGCCAGCUGCAGGACGAUCACUAGCACCAGCCCCACAAUGUGCAGUAAGACCUCUACUAAAAAGGGAACAUCCAGUUGUAAAACAACCUCCACCUGUAAUGCGUCAGCCAGUAGCAAAUUCGAUGAUCCGGUGGUCGUUCGCGAAACCCUUGAGCGUGCUGCAAAUGCCACGCAAAUGCUGCUACGAAACUUUGAGAGGAAUAAGCGGGUGUGUAAACGACCGUGCAGCGCAACUCUGGAGAUAACAGCGCGUCUGUUAACCGAUCCCAAAGAAACCAACUCAAAAUGCCGUCUAGAGGGCAGACCGGUAACCGUUCAAAUGCCACUGCAUUUUGAUCCGAAUACGGGUCAAAUGGUCACAUGCCAGCCACGGCCUAUUGAGAAGGAGACGCCAGGCAGCUCAAAGCAGACGUGCACAGGUUGCCCAGCUCUGAUGUAUAUGCAAGAUGAGCGACGCUAUCCAAUGAACGCUGAUGCCCUCGCCCCCAAAUACCGCACCCAAGACAUACAAACUGACCAGUCCCAUUUGAUAAAUGAAGCUCAAAAGGCUGUCCAAAGGCAGUUCAACGGCAACGAAAUGCCCAGCAAGCCAACGCAGACACAGAAUGCAAGAAAACAGCAGGAUAUGGAGGAGGGUGGCGCUGAACUGGCCAAAACAUCUCAGACGGACACAUCCUAUCUUCACGAUCACUAUGGACGCUCGCUCGGUAAAAACUUUGUUGCGGACAAGCGAUCACAAACGCGUGGCAGUCUUGAUUACUAUAAUAUGGGCAAAAUUCAUUAUCCCACACAAUACAUAUGCCGCAUUGUAGACGAGAAUGAUACACAUCUGCAAGAAAGUGUUCCAACUCUUAACAAUUUUGAUGAGAACCACUCAAAUCGUCAACAUCCAGUCGAUGAAUGUGUUUGUACCGAUAAUGGUGAUUGGAAGCAAAUAAUUAAAGCUAAAAUGCGCACGCAAUAUCAGCAAACAGAAUCUUGUUGCGAGUCAAAAUCACAACCAAGUAUACCAUCCUGUACAGCCGUACAGCCAUCAGAUAAUAAGAACAGUCCACAAAGUUAUAAAUCCAGCAGUUGUCCCUGCGGCUCAAAAUCUAUGCCCAACGUAUCAUCUGCGGAAGGUCAACCGCAACCACCACCGAUUCCGGAUGGUAAGAACAAUACACAAAGUAAUAAAUCCAGCACUUGUCCCUGCGGCUCAAAAUCGUUGUCCAACGUUCCAUCUGUGGAGGAUCAACCGCCGCUUUACGAGGAACCGAAAAUACAACCGCAACCACCACCGUUUCCAUGUUAUUGUGAUUCAGACAAAGCUCAAGGCAAGGACUUUUCUCAACUGAGUGAUGCAUAUUGUUCAAUACCCAGUUGCCAUACCGCUCAGAGCAGUUCCGUAGAUCAACGAACUGACAUUUCCCAACCAAGUAAUACUGCUUAUUGUUCAAUACCCAGUUGCAAUACUGCACAGGGUGGCACCGUUGAUCAAAAUGAUAAGUCUUCCAAAUCUAGAAAUGUUGCCUCUCUUCCAAUGCCCAGUUCCGAAACCGGACAGAGUGGCAUCGAAGAUCAAGCCAUUGAAUUUUCCCAGCCAGGUGAUACUGCCUAUUGUUCAAUACCCAGUUGCCAUACUGCACAGAGUGGUACCGUAGAUCAACGCAAUGACAUUUCCCAACCAAGUAAUACUGCUUAUUGUUCAAUACCCAGUUGCCAUACCGCACAGAGUGGAACCGUUGAUCAAAAUGAUAAAUCUUCCAAAUCAAGAAAUGUUGCCUACUCUCCAAUAUCCAGUACCCAUACCGGACAGAGUGGCAUCGAAGAUCAAGCCUUUUCCCAGCCAGGUGAUACUGCCUAUUGUUCAAUACCCACUUGCCAUACUGCACAGAGUGGUACCGUAGAUCAACGCAAUGACGUAUCCGAACCAAGUAAUAUUGAAUAUUGUUCAAUACCCAGUUGUCAUACCGUAAAGGGUGGCACCGUAGAUCAACGCAACGACGUAUCCGAACCAAGUAAUAUUGCUUAUUGUUCAAUACCCAGUUGUCAUACCGCACAGAGUGGCACCGUAGAUCAACGCAAUAUCAUUUCCCAACCAAGUAAUACUGCAUAUUGUUCAAUACCCAGUUGCUAUACCGUACACUGCGGCACCGUUGAUCAAAAUGACGAGUCUUCCAAAUCAAGAAAUGUUGGUGCAGCAGAUCAACCCACUAGCCCAUCUCAAAAAGCUAAUGCUGCCAACAUUCCAAUGAUCAGUACUCAUACUACACAAGGGGGCACUGCUGAUCAAGGUAAAGCCUUGUUUCAACCAACUAAUGCUGCCUACUGUGCAAUGCCCAGUUGCCAUGCUGUACAGAGUCGCCCCGCAAAUCAAGCUAUUGCUUUGUCCCAAUGCUUAAAUCCAAGUUGCCUUACUGCACAGACCGGAAUUGUGGAUCCAAAUACGACCAGAUUAUGCACUGAUCACGGCUUGCCAUCGUUGCUUUCCGGGGACAGUUGUCCCCGUGGUCAGGACAAUCAGGCUGGAAUUACCGGGGUUUAUUAUAGCCUGGAGUCGGGCCAUAGUUGUUCAAUGCCAUCAAGUGCUAGCCCGCGAGCUGUAAAUCCUUGUAAAUUGCCAAACGCACACAGCCCUGUGCCAAGUUGUUAUUAUUCCUUGCACUCUGAGACUAGUAGAGGAAACGAAAAGGAUAACGCUACGGCAUUUUAUAGCGUGAGAUCUUGCACCAGUCGGCCACUCGAUAACGUAACCACUUUUGAUAGUGUGAAACCUGGAUCGAGUCAUCGGGAUAUCUGUAACUGUGAUCAAACGGACAAUGCCACUAAAUUUUUCAGCGUUGAUUCUGGCAGCACUCGUCUAGUCGAUAAUAGAGGUCAAAAGGAUAACGCCACGACCUUUUUCAGUGCACAAUCGUGCGCCAGUCGUCCGGUCGAUAAUAGUCAAAAGGAUGACGCUACCCGCUUUUUAAGCGUGCAAUCCUGCAGUAGUCGAUUAGUUGAUAAUGUUUGUCAUAAGGAUAACGCCACAACCUAUUUUAGCGCACAGUCCUGCACCGGUCAUCCAGUCGACAAUAGUUCUAAAAAGGAUAACGACACAACUUUUUUAAGCGCACAAUCCUGCACCUGCUCGAAAAAGGAUAAUGCCACUGUGUUUUUUAGCGCACAGUCUUGCACCAGUCGACCAGGCGAUAAUAUUUGUCCAGGAGACGCAUCCACUUUUCUUAGUUUGGAAUCGGGCAUCUGCCGGCCAGCAACCACUCAACCCAAUGUCGAGUUCUAUACAAUCCCCAGUUGUCUCAAUGCGCAAAGCAACUCCGGUGUGUUUGGCACGCAACCCUCUGUGAUUCCUUGGAGUAUGGUUACAGCGAAAAGUGGAAAUCAAAGCGAAAAUACCGACUGGCGAAGCGCGCGCUCUAAAAAUACCGCUGAGCUUGAUCAAACUGGAGUCGAUGUGGCGUGUUCUUGCCUCGCACCCGAUCCAAGUACACGUACCUUCCUCGCAACAGAGCCGAGUAGCAUUGCACCGGCCACUUCAUUGGGACAAGCAUUUUACCAACAAAGACAGAAUAUGCAGGUGUUGAAAGGAGCGAACUUUUUUGAUGGACAAAGCACGACUUAUCAGAGCGCGCGUUCGGAGCCCAGCGAAAGACAUCCUUGUUCCUGCAGCAAAAGUGCACGCUCUGACGUGGGUACUCAACAAGGUGAAAGCUUUUUCGAUGCAGACAGGAGCAAUAUAACGACAUCCAUGAAGAGUCGUCCGGUUGAGCAUGAUGAGAGUAAUGCGGAUGACGCCUCACAGCAUAGUAGUGUCCAUCAGGUAGCCUGCAAUAAAUCUUCUUUGGGCUACGCCGACAAGACCUCGUCACGCUCGCAGUCUGUAAUGGCCAAGGUUACGUGCUUAUGCUCGUCAGAUCAGAGGAUGAAGUUGGGAAUAAUGGGACGCGAGGUUAGGGAAGGACCGCCCUUCACAAAAGUUGAAGAUAGUGGCUUAGAAUGCGCCAUUGUGCCCACUGAUCCUGUGCUUGUGUCAAAAAUGUUUUCGGCAGCCGCUACCAAAGACUUCAGCUGUUGUCAGAGCUGCAAUGUAGCACCGAGCACAAAGGUUGUGUUUAUGAAUCGGACUGACAAGUUUUGUGAUUGCGAUUCUUCAUCUGAGACUUCCAUAGGCGGUACCGCUGUCAAGUGUUUAUCUGAAUUUAAAGAUGUUGAAAGCGGACCCUCGAGUUGCACCUGUGACAAAGAGUCGUCUAGAGGGAUGUCAACUCAUAAAAGGCAAAGUUCGGCUGGCUACAAGUCCUUGGAUCCAUCCGUACUUAACGGUGACCAACAGAUGUCCAUGAAAAGCGCAUUUACCUGUUCGUGCAACCAUCCAAUGUUGAAUGCCGACUAUAAAUCGGCUAAGUCCGCAACUGCACAUUCCAAAUCCUGUCUAACAACCUCGAAAUACGGCGUGUCCAUGCCAAACUUUAGCUUGGCAUCCGAUACCGGGGGUACUAAGUUUUCUGGCCAAUAUCGCGUCAGCCCUGAAGAGGGUGCUAUAGAGCAGGACCGGGAAGAGGUCCAGGUUCAGGAACAAGUCCAGGUGCAGAACCAAGACCGAGUCCAGGGCCCGGCUCAGGACCAGAUCCAGGACCCGGCUCAGGACCAGAUCCAGGGCCCGGGUCAUUACCAGAUCCAGGUCGUGUGCCAGGAUCAGGAUCACGAACAGGACAAUUACUGUGAGUGUGCAUCCGACAGGCAGAUGACGAGUUACAGGAGCUGUAUAUCGAACGAUUGGGGCAAUGCUGGUUCACCAAAGGAACGUAUUAUGAAUAUUUUAAAUUUAUUAAGCGAUUCAAACGAUUGCUGCCUGGAUCGCACGGCCACUAUACAACAACUGUUUCGUGAACUAACCAUGAUGCUUCGUCGAGAGGAAGAGGAUGAUAAAGAGGCGGCUGAACCCUUAUCCUACGAAGAUUGUAUGGCAGCUGUAACGGCAGGCCGACUACCACCAAAAAAACAGCCCAAGUCGAAAGACAAGUUGGAGCGGAUGCAGUGUCUUGAUCAAAUGGAAAAAUAUCUGGAGAAAUGUUUUCCGCUAAAAACGGGUCGGACUAUACAACCGACAGAAAUCGUCGCUUUCGAACGCGAUCCAAAUUUUGAUCCUUAUCGUAAGCCUUAUGAUACCGACACUGAAUCAAAGGAUACGAGCUCUAAGAAUUUCGUCAGCUGCCAUACUGACGUCGAGUUUCAUCCGCCAUUCGCAUCCGAUUCCUAUCGAACGGUCUCUAAAUCUGAAAGCUGGAAAUCCCCAGAUUCCAAAUCGACAAGCAAUAAAUCUUCUGAAUGGAAGACUCCCGAUACUAAAUCUGCCGAUUCGAAAUUGGCAGAUUCGAUCAGCUGGAAAACACCAGAUUCCAAAUCAUCCAAAUCACCAGAUUCUAAAAGGACUACGCCCGUAGGGGGCUCUAAGCGUAACUCGCAAUUGGGAUCUUUAAGUACCGACUCAAGAAGGAAUUCUGCAUCACCUUCUAGCCCAAUAGAUGAAGAGAACAAAGCAACUCCACUGGCAGAUAUGGAUGCAGAUGACUCUGCCGAAGCAACAGCAGCGGCACCUGAGAUCCCUGAAGAGUAUGGCGAAGUUGAUGUCCAAGCCGACGAAGAGCCUCCAGUACUGCCUCCAGAAGAGCCUGAGCCUGACGAAACAACAAACGAACUUACUCCAGCCUCUGGAGCCAAUAAAAAGCCGAGUUGUGUAUGUGGGACUGACGAAGAGCCUACUAAAGUCCCUCCAGAAGAGCCUAAGCCGGACGAAGCAACUAAUGAAAUUACUCCAGAUUCUGGCGACAUUAAAAAGCCAAGCUGUGCAUGUGGGCCUGACAAAGAGUCUGAAGCAGCUGACGAAGCAGUGGAGGAGGAAGCAGAUGAGGCAGCGGACGAAGCAGUGGAUGAAGAAGCGGACGAAGCAGCAAUCGAGGCUGAAGAACUCACUCCAGAUUCUGGUGCCAUUCAAAAGCCGAGCUGUAUAUGUGAUCAGGAUUCGAACGAGGCUGAAGAACUAACUCCAGAUUCUGGUGCCAUUCAAAAGCCGAGCUGUAUAUGUGAUCAGGAUUCAAACGAUAUUUUGAGUCCGCUUACGGAUAGGGAGCGCCUACUAUGCGAAUAUAUGAUGCGUCGCAUGUGCGAAUUGUGUGGGGAUGAGCAAACCGUAGAGGAGGAGGCCACGGAAGGCGUGGAUCGACCGGGUGAGCCCUGUGUUUGCUGUCACUGUCGCGCGCUCACUUGCGACAACCAAUGUAAGACUGUAUCCAAGACCCUGGAUGCCAUCCGAUAUGAUCCCGUUGCCGAAACGAAAUUUUUCAUUGAUUCCAUCAUUUGUGAUUUGCAUGCUAUGAAUCAUGUGAUGAACAAGAAUAAAAUUAAUCCUAAGACGCCCAAGCCGUCGCCUUGUAUGGGCAAUGGGCCAGGAGAAAGUUUUCCUGUAACCAUUACGGAUGUCUCAAGUUUGGGCUGUCGUGCGCUCUAUGUGCGAUGGCAGUUGGAUGACUGCGCCGCCGUUGGUGGAUACGAGAUUUAUGUGGACGGCCAUUUGACGAAUCGUUUUUAUAGUUAUCGGCACGAAUCUGGUGUCGUGGCCAAUGUGGAUGUGACUAAGCGGCAUCAGAUCGUUUUGCGCGCGCAGGCGGUGGGUCAAGAGUUUCCUGGCGAUGAAGUUGGUUGCGGCGAAAAUGCGAUGGUACACGCCCAUCCGGAGAUGCUGGUGGGCGCUAGCCGACCCUGGACACCGAGCGUCUUUUUUUAUGAACCUUAAGUGCGCCCAGUUUGACGCUGACGGCGCACAAAGUGCUAGUCAAAAGUUUCUAUUCCAGUUUUGUCCGUUCUUAAUACCGUUAGUUUCUGUCCCUUUUUCUUUGUGCAUAUAACUCGAUUAUCGACUAUUAUCGAUUAUUGCACCUAGUGUAGAGAUCGAUAUUUGGUCCAACAUGCUUUCCAGCAUAGGAAUUUCAAGAGGACACUUCGAUCGCUUUACAAUGUGCCUUAAAUACAAAAUUGUACUCAUCGAUGUUGCACGUUUUCUUGCGUUUCAAAACGCGGUAUUUACAUACAUACACUAAUAUAUAUUUUUGAAUCUGUUAUAUGAACAAAACUAGAGAUGGGCAAUGCGAACAAAUUGUAGCUUAUGAAAAUUGUCUAAAUCUUGAGAUAAUAGAGAAAAUUGUACUCUGAUUGGCUUGUUUUUUAAUAUUACUAUUAUGUGUCUUAAAAAGUUAUUGUUGACAGCGAUGAAAAGUAACAAAUGCUAAAAGUUUACACCACAAUGAUUCAAAUUAUUGGAAAGUCCCAGUUGCAUUUAUUGAAAUGUAACAGUUUUGUAAAGUUACAAAUACGAAAAAAUCAAUCUGAAAAAGUAUGAGUUUCAAGGAAACCUACAAUAUCUAAUUGUACAAAACCCUGUGGUUUUAAAAAACAGUUUGUUGAAAACUCCCUAGUCACAGUCACAAGAAAUUACAGAGUUGUGAAGUCACAAUUUAAUCAACGUUUGCAAAAAGGGAGUUGUAUUAAAACACAAUAAUGAAAGUGAGAUAAUAAAUAACACUGGAUUGUCAUUGAAUCACACAAAGCUAAUUGUAUAUAAUCCUUAAGAGUUAAUGUUAGAAUAUAAAAAUUGCAACGAUUUACGCUAAAUCACACUGUAAAUGAGCACCCAUAUCAGGCAAAAUUGUCGCAAUAUAAUACAGGAAAUUCAUAUAUUUUAUAUAAGAAUAUUUAUACACCUAUUGAUCUAGCUAUUGACUCAAAAUACUCAAACAAAAUUCUCUGUUAAGUCUCGUCGCCCAUCUCUAUUACAUCUAAGAAGUUACAUACACAUAUGGAUAUGUAGAUGUUUAGUUAGUCUGCCGUUUUAGGCAAGCAUAACUGUUGCAUUGUUAUAAUAACAGUUAAUUAUCUAAUACUAGAUACUUACCACCUGGAACGUAGCAAUUGUGGACCAAGGUUCAUGUUUGAAUAUACGUAGUUUUUACACACUUAUUUAAUGCGCAUUAUUUUUACUGUGAAAUAUACAAUAAAAUUAACAUUUAAAUGCA